GUGACUCCCGGCUGUCCAAGAGAUGAUGAACAUUAGCUGCUUUCCCUUCCAAAUUGCAACAUCGCCAGGAACUCGCAAAAGCGAGUUCUCUUCUACACGGCGCAGGGCAUUGCAAGCUUAUUUGUGCACCUGGCUCAGACGUGGCGCUGUCAGCAGCGGUUGUAGUCACUGAUUACUCUGAGUGUAGGGGAAGUACCAUGUUUGCCAAAUUGCCGAACGACCAAAUCCAGAGGCUAACUACGGAAGGUGUGCAAUACUUGGCCAGCUACAUCUAUUUGCCUGAUGCGAUGACAUCGCACAUGCUCAAGUUCAAAGAGAGCAACUGCGCAGGAUGACAGCAGCGAUUGUGCUUUACCAGAUCAUUUUAUCUACAGCGACAACGAUUAGCGAGUCCUGCGGCAGCAGCUCGAUACCCACAAAUAAUACAGCCCUGAGAAACGAAGUUCUGCAGAACAGCGGCUCCUUCCAAUGCACCAACGAUGCUUUCGGCUUGAGUGCAUGUGAAUACGGCGACUUGCUCAAUGUGGCCAACAUGAUGUAUGCCAACUUCUACGUCAACGGUCUGCAAUUCCUUGUGUGUAUGAUUCUGAUCUACAGCCUGGGCAAGUUCACCCACUUGCCAGCCGAGAAGUUGCAGUUUGAUAAGAAGAACGCUUCGAGGCUCAUGAUGCUGUUUGGAGGCAUUUGCAAGCAGGGCCCUUGGCUGACUCGGUUGCUGCACCUCGUGCAGGGCAUCCUAAUCUUUGGGUCUUGGCUAAUGAUGGUACUGGGCUACUGCCGCGGGAAUCUCGCGUACAGCAGCUACUGCGGCAAGUACAGCGAGAAUUGCGCGUACAACAAGGCCAGGAACUGCCAGUACUAUUACGUCCACUGCAAGCCAGACGCGACCCUGCUUUUGGGCUGCUACACGCAGGCAGGGCGUGCCGCCUUCUCAGGGCGCGUGGACGUCAGGGUGCUCUCCAGUGUGCACUGCGUGGCUUGCGGCAUCCUCGAAGCGGACUCUGCCAACACGAUGGGAGUCGAUGAGUUCUAUCUUCUUGACGACGACUCAAAGGGAACUGAUGCCUGGGUUUGCAAUGACCAGCUAGAUGGCUGCUUCCACACCACAGCAUGGUCAAGCAUCAAAUGUGGCACUACCAAAGCUGGGGGCGCCUGUUCUUCCUCCUUGGGUGGAGUCGUCACCGCGGACUAUUUGUCUGGCACGCUGGAUGCGAUUGCUUGCGCCAGGCGUUUGUAUGACACCGAGGAGCCUGAUUUGCUGAAGGAGAGGCGUCGCAUGAGUGCAAAUGCCACAGAGGUGACCACGACAGCAGAUCCAUCAGCAGUGCAGCUGGGGGAACCCGACGAUCACGGACUAUUUCUACGACACCAGCCAGUGCUCGCAGAGUGGGUCGCUGGUCUACCGCCUCAGCAUGCUGUACAUCUAUUUUGCUGGUUGCUCAUUUGCGGUCUUCACCUUCUUUGGACAGCUGGUGCGCCGUAUGCUGACGCCCGAGCCGUGGUUUUUCAACCCUCAGACGCCAGACGAGGGCAACAUCUACAAACUCCUACGGCUGGUUGCUCCGUAGAUACGGUCUUUCCAUCCAAUCAGGGGAGGCAAGCUGGCGUAAGCUAGCCUUUCCACUACGCCGAAACCCGGGUUCGCCCUUGAUAAUGCACCCUUCAACUUCGCAGAAUGUGAGGUGGAAGUCGAGUUGCAUGGCUCGCCACGAAAAGGUUAUUGCUGGGCCAACCAGGCAUUCAAUG